GGUGGGCUAGGCAGCGGCCCAAGUACUGACUCAGGGUGGGUCCUUUGGACUGUGCGGGUGACUUCUAGGGGCCUGCAUGGGGGAGACCAAGGUAGGGCCUGGCGUAUCCGCUGAUGGCGUCGCUCCCGCAGACUCACACACACUGGAGGCCAGCCUGGAGGCAGAGGCGGCCAAGCUGCUGCCCUUCCUGGAGCCCGCGGCGCGGGCAGACCUGCAGGCGGCGGCGGCGCAGCAUGUGCUGGCGAUGACCGGCUCCAAGCCGUGCCGCCAGCUACUGGCCGGGCAGGCUACACUGCUGCGGGCGCUGGUCGAACUGGCAACGGCCCCGGCCCCGGCCCCGGCCCCGGCCCCAGCCCGCGACGCCGCGCGCGCGCUGGUCAACUUGGCCGCAGAUCCGGACCUGCACGAGUCUCUGCUGGCUGCGGAGCCCGGGCUGCCUGCCCGCCUGCUGGGUCGCGUGCUAGACCCGCAGUGGCCCUGGGCCGAGGAGGCGGCCGCCGUGCUGGCCAACCUCAGCCGCGAGCCGGGGCCGUGCGCCGAGCUGAUGGAGGCACUGGCGGCCGCCGAGCCGGGCGAAUGUGGCCUGGAGCGGCUGGUGUGUGCACUCUGCAGGCCCGACUACAAUGCCCGGGCGCCCCUGCAUUACUUGGGACCGAUACUCUCCAAUCUCAGCCAGCGUCCCGUGGCGCGGGCCUUCCUUCUGGACCCGGACAGGUGCGUGGUCCAGCGGCUGCUCCCCCUCACGCAGUACUCAGACUCUUCAGUCCGUAGGGGUGGUGUAGUGGGAACACUUCGAAACUGCUGCUUUGAGCACCGACACCAUGAAUGGUUGCUUGGGCCUGAGGUGGACAUUCUCCCUUUCUUACUACUGCCCCUGGCUGGGCCAGAGGAAUUCUCUGAGGAGGAGAUGGACCGGCUUCCCGUGGACCUGCAGUAUCUGCCGUCAGACAAGCAGCGAGAGCCUGAUGCCGACAUCCGCAAGAUGCUAAUUGAAGCCAUCAUGCUGCUGACGGCCACAGCCUCUGGUCGGCAGCAGGUGAGGGACCAGGGAGCCUAUCUGAUCUUGCGGGAGCUGCACACCUGGGAGCCAGAGCCUGAUGUGCGGUUAGCCUGUGAGAAACUCAUCCAGGUUCUUAUUGGGGAUGAGCCAGAGCACGGCAUGGAAAACCUGCUGGAAGUGCAGGUCCCAGAGGAUGUGGAGCAGCAGCUGCAAAAGCUGGACCUCCAGGAACAGGAGGAGUGUCAGCGGCAGCAGCUGGAGCAGCAAUUGGCCCCUGACCAGCAAGCUGAGGACAGCACACCCACCUGAAGUCCUGCACCCCACUACUAGUGCCAGGCCUGCCUCUGGAUUCCUUAACUCUGAAACUGUGCUCUGCUUGGUUUGAGCUCUAGAUCAGUGCUGAGGUCUCUAGGGCAAAUGACAAGUAACUUUCAUAGGCUUGAGGGCACCUGUCUGUUCCUUGUGGCAUCCAGCAAGAAUCCAGACUACUCAGAAGAGCAUUCUUCAGCCAGAGUCAACCAGAGCCCUCUGAUUCUCAGGUACUGCCAGUGAGAUAGGGUACUGUUAGUGAGACCAUAAGCCUUCUCCUAACUAUGGAGCAGGACAGGAAAACAUUCAAGUCCUGAGAAGCCAGUGCAGCAUUCCAAGUACUGCUGUGAGUUUGGGCCUAGCAGGGGACCAGGUACAGGCAGUGGCCACCAGUCUUUCGUAGAAUCCUCAGCUUCUUUACCAGAGAGCAGCCUUAGCAGGCUGACCCCCUGUGACUCACCAGCUAUCCUUGGAGCAGGCUUCCCACUGUCCUUGGAGCACUAGCUGACUACCUAUUCCAUCCUCUCCACCUUCCUGUUUGGCCCAUGCCCUAGACUUUUCCUUCACCCCUCGGUAGCUCCUCAUGUCCUCUCUCAGUCCUUACCUGACCCACAUCCUUGCUGUCAUUCAGCUAGGCCCUAUUCCUGGUCAGCUGUCCCAUCCCCCAGCUUCAGCUGCCCUGGAGCCCCUUGCCUGCCACACAGAAGCCUCUGCUGUGCCUUGAAGCUGCCUUUUGCCCAGUCCAUUCCCUUGAUGUGCCCUCUCUGAGCCCAUGCAGGACCAGGGACACCAUCCUCAUCUGACUUCUUGUGCUACCAUGUUCUGUGAGCUUGUUGUCCCACUGUGUCGUUUCCUGGACUUCCCAGCAAACCUGCUGCCAGUUUUUGCACAGAAGCCAGUUUUUGCUACCCCCUUCUUCACUUCCCCCAUCCUGGCUGUCCCCCACCCUAAUCCCCAGUUAAACACUGCUUGGAGGUGUGUGACAUCAUAUUUCCCUCUUCUGUACUGAGAUGGGGACACCAUGGUCUUGAAAAUAAACUCUUUAUCUAGCA